GUCCCACCGUGCCCACGCACACUCGUACAGUCGUAUCCGUGCCGCACUCGGAUCCAAAGUUUCCAAACCCAGAGAGGAGAAAAGCGUGUCGAAAGGGGAACCCAAGUCCCGCACGCCGCACGCCGAAUUCGUCGCCGUAAUCGUCGAUCCAGCAACCCAGCCCGCCGACGGAGGGAGCGUAGGGAGUAGGCGACGAGGGAUCGUCGGAGAUGGUGCGGGUGCGUGGCCAGGCGAACGUGGCGGCGGUGGAGAACCGGGGCCGCUUCCUCCGCCUCGCCGAGCCGGGCAUCAACUUCUUCAACCCCUGCGCCGGCGAGCUCGUCGCCAGGACCCUCUCCACCCGCGUCCCGUCGCUCGAGACCAAGACCAAGGAUAAUGUCUUUGUUCAGCUGAUCUGUACAAUUCAAUACCGGGUUGUUAAGGAGAAUGCAGAUGAGGCAUUCUACAAGUUGCAGAAUCCCCAACAGCAAAUUCAGUCCUACGUCUUUGAUGUGGUCUGAGCCAUAGUUCCUAGAAUGGAGCUGGACAGUCUUUUUGAGCAGAAAAAUGUUGUUGCAAAGGCUGUACUUGAGGAGCUUGAAAAGGUUGCUCUUUGCCUCGAGCGCAAUCAUAUGCGCUGGAUUGAAAGCACGUUUGAGUUUGAAGGAAGCUGAUUGGUUCAGUACAGUAAAGAUGAGAAACCCACGAGUUCUCCAUUGACAAGGAUGCUGCAUUUGUGAUAAACUUUUAAAAGGUGGAAAAGCAAGCUGAAGCCUACGCUGAUGACCGAUGCAAAUUUGAUGGAAGGUGGUGCUCUCUGGUGAUGGAGGGUUGCAUAUUCUUUUGGCUCCUGCACCGAGGCUCAUCUCUGCUACGGAAGGAGGCUGCGAGAGGACUGGGAAGCAUGGGAAACUGAAAACCGGUGCAUUAAACUGGCCUCAGAUUCAUAGUGUCUGAACCCCAGUCACUUUUGUUGAUCAUAUAGCGAAGAGACACCAACGGUGCAGGACAUGAAGAAGCAGGAGAGGAAGUCGCGCAGAAACAGUUAUCGCAAGAAAAGCCUCUGUGAUGUUCUCCACGUAGCGAUGUUGGAUGUAACUGAGAAUUCUGUUUUGCUUGCUAGUUAGUGGGUGCGAGCUUCAGUUAUGUGUGGUUUGCAUAUUCAGUUGUUGAACCGAUCAAAAGAAAUAUCUUAGAAACAUUCAGCUGUUCUGCGUGGGCUGUGUCGCAGAGAUGUCUCCUGUUCAGUUUUGUCGUCGUACAUUUUAAUGAGCCAAUAAUACGAGCAGGAUAUGCUCGUUUUGGAAACAGAGCACUAUGUAUCCUCAACUGCACAUAUACCAUCAGGCAGACUGGAUGGGAUUCUUAGGAUGUUGAAUAUAGGUAAAGCCUUUGGUUGCA